AUGUGUUCAGUCUGCCGCGAUUCAACGAUGUGUAAGCAUCGCUGUUUAUUUCGGUAGUAUUCCUCCCCGAUAAAGUAUCAAAAAAGUGAGCGUGAAAGUUGCGUAUUUCAGUUGGGACAAGGUAGCAUUUGUGCAACGUUUCAAGAAUCAUGUGUAAAAUAUUAGAUUAUCAUAAUAGCAUUUUAGAAAAUGAUAAUUGAAAGCUUUGGUUGAUUGAAUCGCUCGGACAUUGAGUGAGUUAUAUGGAGAUCAAGUGAUAUCUGUGAUGUCUCCAAAAUCUUGUAACGACUGGAUUCCAAAAAUGAUGUUAGGUUCAAAAGAGAUUCGUAAAUCAUACGUAGAAACAAGUUCAAGCUGAUAGAGUGGAACAGCUUGGAAAUUUGUUCAGGCAUCACUUUUCCACGAAUAUGCUUUGACAAUCCAUUUUCAAAAUGGGAAAUGAGUUGAUGAAAAAGUGAUUGUGAAACAUGUGGUGAAACUCGUUUCGUGAAGAAAAACUAAGUUUGGUUUUGUGAAAAGCGCGUGGAAAUCAUCAGAAUGGAUGAUAUUGAGGAUGAUCGCCCUCACAGGUGUACUGCGAUUGUUUACUAUGCUUGGAAGAUUUUCACAUGUCUGUUCACACAUGUUAUGCUUGUCACCAUGGUGGUGGCAUACUGUGUUCUUGGUGCCGUCACAUUUGAAUCAUUGGAGAAGGAUUUCGAACUUGCGGUGAAAAAGAACGGCUCUAACGACGUUGAUGAAAUUUGCAAUAUAGGAGAUUUAAUUCAUAUUUUGUUACAAGGUUACGGUCAUAUCGCACCUAAGACACAAAUUGGUAAGGUCACAACCAUUUUCUAUGCUAUUCUUGGAAUACCACUGAUGCUACUUUGCCUGUCAAAUAUUGGUGAUAUAAUGGCGCAUUCAUUCCGAUUCCUCUACUGGAGAAUAUGCUGCUACGCUUGCACAAGAACCCCAAAACGAGUGCAUGGACCACAUAGAAGGGGACGAAGCUUCAAAUCAACAGGUCGAUCGCAUAGUGGUGGAGGAAGAAAUACAGUACGAUCACGAACUGCUUCACUGAGAAGAUGGGGAAGAAAUCAACAAGGCUCCCAAAGAUCAGCUGACAGUGCUCUGGCACUCUCUGAGACUCUCACACAUUCUUAUUCAGACACUGAAUGCAGAUAUUAUGAUGACUCAGAGAAAGAGCCCCGAGAAUUGGCUUCAGGAAGUCAUGGAAGAGGCCAGAAAAGAUUAGGAACUCAAACACUGCCGUUACAACAGCAAGCAUCUUAUCCGUCUCCAAAGCAGGCUCACCAAGGUGUUCAGGAAGUGAGAGGUGUAAUAGCAGCCCCGCCAGUACUCUUCAAUAAAUAUGCUCUUGAUAGGGAGGAUUCAUUUGUUGCAGGUCAAUCCUGGAACUCAAGCGGUCAACACCCGCAACGUGGAAAACCUCCUGAAACAUCAGAAGGAAAACCAAAGAGAUUGCAGAAUUUGAAUCCACCUUCAUCAGACACUAGACUUUAUUUAACACCUCCUCCACAACCGUCUGCUUCACCCUCACCUAAUACAAGAAGUAGAAGAAUGCAAGAUCUACCCCCACAAAACCCAAGUCCCAAGAUCAUGAGUCCGCUUGGCUUUACGGUGCACCGACAGACUUAUCCGAGGCAUUACCGUGACAUGGAUUUCUACAGUGAUUUUGAUUACUACGACUAUAACGAGGAAAACCCUUCUAGUCAAAUAAAACCGGUGCCAAUAUGGUUGUGUGUCUUCCUGGUUGUUAGCUAUAUAAUAGGGGGUGCAUUUUUGUUCUCAGGUUGGGAAGGCUGGGGCUUUCCGGACUCUGCUUACUUUUGUUUUAUUACUUUGACCACGAUUGGAUUCGGAGACUUUGUUCCUGCUAAACGUGUAAACAAAAAUAAAAACGCCGAAGUAAGCAUAGCUCUAUGUUCAUUGUACCUUUUGUUUGGCAUUGCUCUUCUGGCAAUGAGUUUUAAUCUUGUUCAAGAGGAAGUUAUCAGUAAUGUGCGACGAAUAGCUUACCACUUGGGUAUAAUCAAAGAUGACGAUGAUGAAGAUGACUGAAAAAUUAUAUAUUAUGGAUAAUUUUUUAUAUUCCGAUUGUUUUGUUCCCAUACAUUAAAAUAUUUCUCAAUCACG